AUGUCAGUCCUCUUUGUACUUCUUUACGUGUCAAAAGGGAAUGUCCUCCGCCGGUGCUUGUCAAAAAGGCUCAAUGCAGAUGAUGUCGCGUUCCUCGAGUUAUUUUCUCGCAUUCUCAUUGGCCGCGGCAAUUGCCCAGAUGAGAUCUCAAAAGCGCUAAAAAAAGGUAUCGAACUCGAAUGGGAGGAUGUCUACGAUUUGGUAAAUCCUUUCGGCGACAAAAGAGGCCGGGCUUUCAACAGUGUAUGGACAUUUGACCUCGAUAAGGAUAUUCUCUUUCUCACGAAGCAUGAUCGGCUUUGCUCUGCACCUCUGCGCCUGGCAAGAGAGAGAAUACUUACUUUGGACGACUUUGAGAUACUGAAAUCCCAAACUGAAACAAUCGCAGAGGAGGGACUUGUACCACGACUGUACUGGGACCUUCAGCCCAAAGUUGAUGAUCGAAAAAGGGCAUUUCUUGGCCGGAUUCUCCGCGACUUGGGUCAUACAUGGCGCCACGUUUUACGCGCAGAAAUGAACAACAUCACGUUUACAAAGCUUGCAUACGCCGUUAUCUGGAUCAUAAAUCUGGACUUCACUGUAGUGGAACGUACGGGAUUCGAGCACGUUGGUGGCCGCGGCGGGCCAUAUGUUGGAGUGGCAGACUUGCCACCAUGGGAUGCUCCAGAUGAAACGAUCGUGCGAGUCGGUACAUGCUGGAUCUUCCUAGCACGAGAUAUUCCCAAGGGAAUAAAGAUGAUACGAGAGCAUGUUGAAACCCGCGCGACGAUGACUGGUACUGCGACGUACGCAAUAUUGACUCUCAGACAAAUAGCCUGCUGCAAGGUUCACGAUGGCGAACUGGUAUACACACGACCCGAGCCACUAUUCAGCGACACUCUUCCCUCUGAUUCCGCUAUCGAUCUGCUUCUCUGGGCAUCAGACCUUCAUCAAGCAGAACCUAAGCCUCGUCGGCUCAGCCACCUUCCCAUUGAGAUCCAGGACAGGAUCCUUCGUCAGGCUUCAAUCAGCAGUGUUGCAGCAGCGAAAUUGGGCAUCGAGCUUGCUUUAGGGUCGCCAUUUUCGUGGGCUGAACAAGGCAGGAAGAUCAAGCUGGCAGAGGUGCUGAGACAUCGAACAGAGGCAUCGCCUGUCGAAUCUCAAUUCUUUUUUGAUGGGCUGAUGAGGGGCUUGUCAUACAAGUGCGAGUCAAUGUCUAAUGGUUUCAAAGUCGACAUGAGCUCGCUUCCUGCGCCUCCUCAUCGCAACGGUGCUGUGCUGUUGUCGUAA